AAGUGGCCUUUCUGCAGGGGGAAAGGAAGGGUCAGGAGAACCUGAAGGCAGACCUUGUGCGGAGAAUAAAGAUGCUCGAGUAUGCUUUGAAGCAAGAAAGGUCAAAGUACCACAAGUUGAAAUUUGGCACUGAACUGAACCAGGGAGAAAAGAAACCGGAGUCAUCUGAACCAGUAUCUAACGGGCCAGCAGAACCCAUUUCGCUGGAAAGCAGUCCAUUUAUGUGGAAAGAAGGGCGCCAACUCCUCCGCCAGUAUUUGGAAGAGGUGGGCUACACGGACACCAUCCUCGACAUGCGUUCCAAGCGAGUCCGCUCUCUGCUGGGCCGCUGCUCCGUGGAGCUGAAUGGUGCUGCUGAAGCCGGUGGCUUGGGGCCUGGGCCUGCUGUGGGGGCCACCGGUCUGAACGGAGGGGAAUCCCUUCUCGUCAAGCAGAUAGAGGAGCAGAUCAAAAGGAACGCGGGGAAGGAAGCGAAGGACCGGAUCAGUAGCACCGUAAUGGAGAAGAUCCCCUUUCUGAGGGGUUGCGAGGAAGACGAUAGUGACGAGGAGGAGGAUCUGCAAAGUCUGCCCCUGGAAACGCAGCGGCAGCACAAGAAGCAGCGAGUAAAGCUCACCAACAAGCCUCUGAUGCCUGAAGUGGAGGAUGAAGAUGACGAUGAAGACUCUGAGGAUGCGCUGAGCGAGUUUGACUUCUUGGGCUCUGGGGAGAAUGGGGAUGGUGCUGGAGACACCCGGCAUGCCGGAGACGGUAAUGAACUCGGGACCCGCAGGGUGAAGCUGCAAGGUAUGCUGGCUGAUCUCCGAGACGUUGACGGGCUUCCUCCCAAGCCGUCCAUACCAUCAGCCAUGUCUACCCAGCCCAGAUCCCAUGAAGGGUCCCUGGGCUUCUCCUCGGAUGUGUUUAUAAUGGACACCAUCGGAGGGGGAGAGGUCAGCUUGGGUGAUCUCGCAGACCUGACUGUCACCAAUGACAAUGAGCUAAGCUGCGAUCUCUCAGACAGCAAAGACGCUUUUAAAAAGACAUGGAACCCGAAGUUCACCCUGCGGAGUCACUAUGAUGGUAUCCGAGCCCUGGUGUUCCACCACAGGGAGUCAGCUCUGGUCACUGCCUCGGAGGACGGCACCCUGAAGCUGUGGAACCUUCAGAAGACGGUUGCUGCCAAAAAGAAUGCCGCACUGGAUGUGGAGCCCGUCUAUGCGUUCAGAGGACACAGGGGCCCGGUGCUCUCUGUGGCCAUGGGUUGCAACAGCGAAUACUGCUACAGCGGUGGAUCAGACAUGAGAAUCCGCUGUUGGAAGAUCCCUGAUCUCAGCAUGGAUCCUUAUGACGGCUAUGAUCCAAGUGUGCUCAACAGCGUCCUGGAUGGCCACAUGGAUGCUGUCUGGAGCCUCGCGUUCAGUUUCUCAAGAAAUCGCUUGGCUUCCUGCUCAGCGGAUGGCACUGUGAGGAUAUGGGAUCCAAGCAGCAGUUCCUGCCUUAGCACCUACAACACAGACAGCGAAAAUGGAGUCCCUACCUCCGUCGCCUUCUCCAGUACCGAUCCCACAUGUGUUGUGGCAGCCUUCCAGACAGGCAGGGCGGUUCUCUACGACAUGGAGGCUGCCUGCCCCAUCCUGACCCUCGAGUCUAGACCUGCCAGUGGAGCCAGUCAGAUCAACCAAGUUGUGAGCCAUCCGACCCAGUCUAUCACGAUCACAGCACACGAUGACCGAGGGAUCCGCUUCCUAGACAAUAGGACAGGAAAAGCUGUGCACUCCAUGGUGGCCCAUCUGGAUGCGGUUACCUGCCUCGCUGUGGAUCCCAAUGGAGUCUUCCUUAUGUCGGGAAGCCACGACUGUUCUCUGCGGCUGUGGAACCUGGGUAACAAGACGUGCACACAGGAGAUCACAGCCCACCGCAAAAAGCAUGAGGAAGCCAUCCACGACGUGGCCUUCCACCCCAGCAAGGCCCUGAUCGCAAGUGCGGGGGCCGAUGCCCUUGCCAAGGUCUUCAUAUGAAGGGAAGGCGGAACCUGCAGGCUCCUUGUUCCUCCGCUUCGUUCUUUCUCUGGCCCCGCCAGUGGUGCUAACAGCGCGUCCCUUGCCCGCCAGGCCCCCCCCCACCAUCUCACCUGAGCUCAGGAGUGAUGCCUGCUGGACUGCAGGGCAAUGAGGGCCUGGCAGCUCCUUCCUUCAGCUUGGAGCUCACCUUCACCAGCACCAAACUAUUUUCCACUCAUUUCAAGGCCGUGUGGUUUUUAUUUCCCAUCUCAGGGAGCGGAAAAUGCCCCCGUUGCGUUGGAGGGGGAGGGAAUCACGGACUGAGCUGUGGCUCUAGCUUUAGACCCCCGAGCAUCUGCCUCUUGCCAUCUUGGGAAAGGGGCUUGGAAGUCUCUCCGCUCCCCGCCCCCCGGCACUGUUGACCAAGGACGUUUUUUUCAAACAUUUUGGGCCAGAGGGGCCGGUUUUAAGCCACGCCGACUCUUCUUGCUGCGUUCAAAGGAAGAUGGACAAGAUGCAGCAGGGUGCCCCUUCGUUGUCUUCAGCUUCAGGCCGUUCUCUUGUCCUGCCACUGGCACCCACGGCGUGGGCUAAGGGGCUCGUGGUUGAAGAUCUGGGGGAAAUCGAGUGCCAACGUUUGCUCCUUCUGAGCCACCAAGUUGUCCCUGCUCUGCCUCUGCUCCAGCUUUCCACCUCUUCAGCCCUUCUGAUUUGCACCAGGGAUACUCUGGGCAUUCCUCGCUCAGCAGCAACACUAUUUGGAAGAGGAGAUGGAUGUCAUUCUCCUCCACCCCCCACCUCCUUUCACUGCCAGGUAUCCUGGAAGAGGCAGGAUAUCCAAAUAGGCCUCUCCUCCGCUUUUGCCCUCAUUCUGAAGGGGCCAAGGUAAGGGAGGGGCAGGGGAGGCCAAGGGGUAAAGAAGUGCCCAUAAGGAAACAAAGAAGAGGGGCAGGGUUGACCAGCAAGCCAGCCGUGCUUGUCUGCAGGCUAGAUAUGGGAUGUCCCGGCCCCUCCUUGCUGGUGGUGAUGGUUUUGUGGCAGGAGAAAUGGGUUUGCGAAUGUGGACAGGGGUUGAGGGGAUGGUGAAAAGUCUGGGGGAGGAAUGUUGUGAAGCCCACCCUGCAGGGUUCCUCCUUGGUGACCUUGAGAGGUAGGACAGUGAAUGGAAGUCAUCCCCGUUGUGAAAACAGCUGGAUCUCCUUGUCCUGAGCCAAUAGGAAUUUGUUCCUGCUUCCGGGUGGGUGGGUGGACUGUGUUUGCAGCAGCAUCCAGAUGUGACCUCUGUGGACAGCUCGAAGCAAGCAGUCAGCUCUUGGAGAAUCGGCUGUAUUUUUUCCUUUGCCUCUUUUUUAAAGCCACCAACCUGCAGCAGCCGGUCCAGUUGCUCAGCCUGUGUGGGAGGAGUCCUUUUCAGCAAUAAAGCCCCCCUCCCUCUUCGAUUCUUGCUUCCCCUGUCCUCUGGCCAGAACCAAACUGCAUUUGUCACGUGGGGCUAGUUUUGGGGUUUGUUUUUGAGUGCCAAGGAAACUGGCAGGCCUGGUGACUGUUAAAAGCAAAAGAUGCGCCGGCCCCCCAUGGGCCGCAUUAUUGGAGAGGGGGCAUUGUUUGGGGUGCUGGUACAUAUGGCAUGAGGCGACCUUCCCCAACCUGGUGCUGUCAGGAGGGGCCACAGGUUGGAGAUGGCCCCCCCCGGCUCUGAAUACGUCAUUUUGGCAGCCAAUUUUAAUCAAAGGUUGGGAAAGAAAAGAGGGCACGUUCUGGGACCAAGAAUGGGGAAGGGGAUCAAGUGUUUAAAGUCAGGAUCUGUUUGGUAGGGGGAGCCAUUUCUUUCGACCCUCAUGUCUUAUUGGAGGGCCUGCAGCUGUGUAUAUGUGUAUAUAUAUAUAUUUUUUAAAGCCCUGUUGUAACUCACCCUGCAGCUGGCAAGCCUGAUCAAAAACACUAUAAAAAAAAACUGGCUGGGUUUGGCCUCGUGUUGCACACGUUAGAGAAACGUGCCCUAGUCAAGUGAGCUGGAGAUUAACCCCCCUGCCCUCCGAACGGAUCUGGCCUGCUGCUCCCUCUUAAGCAGGACGUGGAGCCACCUCUGCCCAAUUUGGGGGCACCGACAGAGUUGCGAGAAGUCAUGCUCGCUGCUCUGGGGGUCCCCACCGAGUCCCCUCUGGGCCAGGCCAUCCACCACCUGGGGGGCUGUUGUAAAUUCUUAGCAAAGCGGUGGCAGGGAUGGGAAGCCUCAGCGGCAGGCUGUCCCCCCCCCCCCCCCCCGGUGCCUCCCAUCUUCCGCAGUGCUCCUGGGCUUCUCCAUUGCCCUGAAUUGGCCAAGCUGAAGUUGGGAUGGGCAGGUACCAGCCUCUGCCAGCCGCUCUGUUCCUGGCCAGGGAAGCCUUUGGAACGAGAUGCAGGCAGCUCUGCGAAGGGCUGGCACGUGUCUAUGCGAGGUGAGCAGCGGAGCGGGUGGCUGUUUCAGGAGUAUUUGCAGGGAGGGUCCAAAACAUCAAGAUGGCGGGCACAGCUAUGAGAUCGAAGUCCUGCCCCUUUUUUAUGCACAUCCCGGAGCUUCGAUUUUGUGGCUCUGACCUCCCUCUUGACUUUAUAGACCACCCCUCCCUACAGACACCCCUGGGCUGUUUGCAACCCCCCCCCCCCCGGAUAGGGGUAAUUUUUAAAAAACGGAUUGGAUUUCACUUUUUAAACCUUUGCUUAUCUCCUUCUGUUGGUGGGGGGAGCCCUGGGGUACAAUCCUUCUCCCUUCCCUUUUUUUGUAUAUUCUGUACAGUCAAAGAAAAUCAGAUUUGAAAAACGAAACCCAAGAAACACUCCGAAGGGCUGAUCCUGAAAUAACCACGAUCUCGUUAUCACUGUGUGAUAGUUUCUACGCACCACGGUCUUUUUUAAAAGAAAACCAGCCAAGUUGAACUAAAGCCUGGGGGUGGGACGGGGAGGAUGGCUGAUUUUAAAGGGAAGAAGCAGCAACCCUGAUUCUUAAAGAUGCGCUCUCUGAGUUUCAUGUGCACCCCAAAUAGGGCUCUCCUGUCCCCCAAGACCAACCACUAGCUACUGUCCCCCCCCCCACUUUCUCCGAUUAAUCUCUUUUCCUUCUCCGUGUGGUUCAUUUAUCCAGACAGAGCGCGCCUGCCUUUUUAAAAUGCCAGUUAGCUUUCUCCUGUAUUUAUUUGAAUUCUUGUCUUUUUAAUUUGGGGGCUUGUUUAAUCAUAAGACUGAACUGUAUGCGGGACAAAAAAAAAAA